AUCAGCUGAUAGAUACUAUUAUUUCUUUGUAUUUUUUUUCAACGGAGGCUGACUGGUCCAAUCCAAGCAGUGUGAGACUGAGUGGCAGAACAAAGUCAACAAAGCAAGCAACAUGUUUGCAAGUUUCAAUGUUUGAGUCACGAAGCAGCAGUUGCACACAUCGUUCUUCAACUCUGCAGUGUCAAUUUAUUGGAGUACAUAAUGGCCAGGCCAUCGUACAAUCUACCACUGGAGGUGUUGGAGAAGAUAUUUUCUUACGUUGACUCGAAAUGCCUGAUCCUCAAGUGCCGGCUCGUCUGCAAGCAGUGGCAGGAGCUGGUAGACGACGAUGUUUUGAUUCGGAGGGCGUUGAAAACAGCAAAGGAACGGGAGAUGUUCCAGGAUGUUGACUUGGGAAUCAGAGAAUUCUAUGAGAUUGAAAACUACUUUGGCAAAAACCUCAUUCAAAACGCCAACUUUGACCUACAACCAAUGAAUAUUGCCUCAGCAUUUGUGAGCUCUUUGAGCCCAACUUUUGUUAGAAAUAGAGGUAUUCCUCAUUGGAAAACACGAGGCCCAUACCAGAGAGAAAAGCCGCCAAUAGGAACUGAGGGUGAAUCGAUACCAAUUCACAUUUUAAAGAAAAAUGGAAUUGCAGACAUUAAGAACAUGCCGGCUAUAGUAACUUCGUAUUCAGGCACUCAACAGUAUCAAGACAUUGUAUUGUCUGACCUAAGGAUUAGCGAUACAGUGAUGGAUGAAAUUCAGCCGGUCAUUGUAGCUGAAGAAUGGAUAGGAACGCGAUUCGACUGUGGCAAUUCAUACAUUUUAGAGCUGCAGCUUUUUAGGAAAAAUUGUGAUAGGCCUGUGCAUACAAAGUCGCUCCACAUCAACACACGCUGCCUUGGAAAUGGAGUCUGGAGAAAAGUUUGUAUUACCAUGGGCCAUUAUGGAAAGGGAGUAAGGAAGAUUCGAUUCAUUCGAAAGGGCCAGGACAAUCAAUUUUGGGCUGGAUUCUAUGGCACUAAGUUUGCUUUUUGUCGAGUGCAUCUGCAACUUCCCAAAGCUAAUUAUAAAUAGCAAAGAACAUGACCUUUUUCAACAUUAUUAAGUCGCCAAUGAUAAUUAUGUUUUAAUGAUUUUAUUUUAUUUAUUUUAUUUUUUUAUUAAAACUGUUAUGGAUGAUCUAAAAAUUUGGUUCGUCUCAAAUUAUAAAUUGAUCAUAGGCAAAUGGAUACCUUAAAUAUCUUUAAUACUUGAAAGUACUAAAGUUUUACCUAUGCUUUUGAUGGAGCCCUGUUAAC